AUGGAAGCUGAUGAAUAUUUUUCAACAUUCGAUGCGUUACAAAAUGUAAGUGCUUAUUAUUUCAUUAUCAGCAAAAAAAUGUUUGAAAUACGAGUUCUUAUCAGGAAAAAGUUUUUUUUUCUGCUUAUUUUGAAAAAAAUUCAACAAUGAAUGACGAUGAAAGUAAAUAUUCUUAUUCUGCAAAAAUUAAACGUAUGAAAUAUAAGGUUAUUUACAUUUUGGACAUCGACUAAAUGACAUUUUCAGGUUUUUAAAGCAAGUUAGUUGAAAUAUUGGGUUUUAAUGUUAUUCAUAGGGUAGAUUGCUCUAAAGCGAGCAGAAUGAUAUAAAUUUUGAUGAGUUUACGUUAACCAUAAGUGAUUUAAGGACGUUAAGUCGAUAUUUAGUCGAUAAGUCGCUAAAUCACUUAUGGUUAACGUAAAGUCAUCAAAAUUUACAUCAUUCGAUUCGUCUUAGACUAUUCUACCCUAUGAAUAACAUUAAAACCCAAUAUUUCAAAUAACUUGCUAAAAAAACCUGAAAAUGUCAUUUAGUCGAUCUAUCAAAUUUCAAAAACAUUUUUCAGCAGCAGAAAAAGGAACAAGCAGUUCGAAAACAACUUCCACUGAAAACCAAUGAGAAUUGUGGAAUCUCAAAGAUCGUCUGGUCACAAUUCGAUUUUAUGACUGGACCCGAACUCAAAUUUGUUUGGGAAGUUACACCAUCAACUUCGAUUUCACCCGUGAAUUUAUCCGGGGAAGAUGGUUCGAUUGCUGAUGGAGAAAGUCUUGUUGAUUCUGGCGGUUCGAAUCAAUCAGUUUCCUUUGAAGAAAUUGAUGAUCCUUUGAAGGUUGGUUAGAAUUUUGGGGGACUUUUUGAAUUUUUAAUUUUCAGACAGAACUAACGAUUCUGGAAGGUUUGGAUGAUAGUUGUCUUGAAUCACUUUCUGAGCUGAAUUUGUUGCAAUGCGGUGAUUAUAAAUAUAAAACAAUGAAAUAUUUGGAUGAAUAUAUGAUGACGGAUAGCACAACAACAACAUCCACAAAAACCCUGACAAUGGAAGAUUCGAGAAUUGAAAGCCCGGGAAGCAGCGCAAAAUCGAUUAUAUUAUCUCCGGAAGAUAAAAUGUUUAUUGCAUCGCCUUCUCCAAAUGAUACGGGACAUCUUGGGAAAUUGUUGGCUACCAAAUAUCCGAAUGAUGAAGAGAGGGAAUUGGCUGAUAUUCUGAGGGAAAAGUUGGUUUUUUUUAUAUGCAGGGUUCACGAAACAAAAAACGUUUAAAAAAACCAAAAAAGUGAUUCUCGAAUGGUUUUUUAUUCAUUUUUUUCACCAUUUUCUGAAUAAAGUGGAGGUAAAACGCAUUUUAGUGUCCAGAAAUGCUAUUUCACGACCUUCUAAUCAUUCUAACAAGGGACUUAGGGUGAUAACAGGUUUUGAAAUAAGGUAACUCGACGCGCUGAUCACGAUGCUGCAAAAAUUAGCUGCUGAGCUCCAGUCUGAGCCGCGCGAAUGAGCUCCAAAGCAAAUUUUGAUACAAAAAAUUACAGAAAUUUUCGAAUUAAAAAGAUUCACGUUUCUUUAAAAUAAUUUUUCACGUGAAUAUUUGUUGACUCAAAUUUUCGAGGGUCCCAAAAUCGACUUCAAACAUCAAUUUUCGACAAAAAUAAAUAUUCGCAACGUUCAAUUCGACCCAAUUAACCCUGAGCUACUUCUAUUCUACCCAAAACUUACUUAUUUCAUAUGAAAAUUGAGAGUUUCUGAGCAAACUUUGUAGCUCAUUGCGUGGCUCAGACUGGAGCUCAGCAGCUAAAUUUUGUGGGAUCGUGAUCAGCGCGCCGAGUUACCUAAUACUGCACUUACCUUAUUUUAAAACCCGUUAUCACCCUAAUGUAAGUCCCUUGUAAAAGACAAAUAAAGCCUUCAGAAUAAAAUUUUUGAUUUUCGAAAUUUUUAGAAAAUCACCAAAAACGUUUUUUUUUUCAUUUCGUGAAUCGCUUGAAUUAAUCAGAAAUAUUUAAAUUUAAUUCUGAAUUUUUUUAGAAUGGCAAAUGAGACAGAUGAAACAAUGACUGAAGGUGUUGCACAUUUAUCCGAACAUUAUGAACUUGAUAGAUAUUCUCCGAUUUUUCAACAACAAGACGACGAAUUACGUCGAUCUUGUGUUGAUUCAGGUGUCGGUGUCUCAACACAUAGUGAUUUAUCUGCAUUUUGUCAUACACCGCCGAAAAAAAGAGAUGAAUAUGAUGAAGAUGAUGUUUUUAAUGGUCCAAUGACAUCAACACCGAAUAUCCGAUCAAGAAGUCGAACAACAACACCUCCACCAAAAGAUAUUUUCAAUUUUUUCGAUGAUCAAAUUGAUUUUGGAGAUUAUGUUAGUGAUGAGGCUUUUGUUGCCAAAUGUGUUCUUGCUGAAUUAAUUUGCAAGUAAGUUUAGCUCCUAAAUCUUGUGAGCCGCGAAAUCAUUAUUUGUUUCAGUAUGCCACAUUCAAGAUGCCCAUUACAACAUAAACUGAUUGUUUCACCUUCGAGGCAUCUUUUGGUGGCCGCAUUCAUUUUUUCGGCUCAAACGAAACAUGGAAAUACAAUCACUUAUGCGAUUUCAUUUUUGAUGCCUAAUGAAAAGUGGGUUUUAAAAUUUGCUCCAAAGGGAACUGUUUCAAUUUGAAAUCGAGAUUUAGUAGUUUUCGACACGCUAAUCACGAUCCCGCUGUUUAAAACUGCAAAGCUCGACUCCUAACAUGAGUUAUUGUUGUAAGUGGAAAAGUUGGAAAAUUUUGAAAAUUGGGACUUUGGAGGGUCAGAAAUCGCCUUCAAAAUUAUUUUCAUGAAAAUCUAAUAGCAAAGGGUUGUUCGUGAGGCUCGAUUACAACUUUUUUGAAAAAUCUUCCGGAUUUUUUUAGAAGGUUCAUAUAAAAAUCUGGAAGAUUUUUCAAAAAAGUUGUAAUCGAGCCUCCUGAACAACGCUAUGCUAUCAGAAUUUCAUGAAAAUAAUUUUUAUGGUGAAUUUUGACCCUACAAAGACCCAAUUUUUCAAUAUUUUCCAACUUUGCCACGUCAUAACUCAUGUUAGGAGUCGAACUUUGCAGUUUUAGACAGCGAAAUCGUGAUCAGCGGGUCGAAAACUACUAGAAAAAAUAUAUUUCAUUAAAAAUCUAAUGUGAAAUCCUUCAGACAAGAUUGGUAUAUGGAUAGACAAAUGUGGUUUGAGAGAAUGGUUGGAGAUUCAGUUCCAAAAAUGAAAGCAUCACUUUUUGCCGAAGAUUCGGAUGAUGUUCUUGUUCGAGUGACUUCGGAAUUGACAAGAUUAUUGGCGCUGUUAUCAGCUCUUGAAAGAUUUUCAUUAGUUGCCAUUGAGAAACCAUUAAUGAUUAAGAACACGCUUUUUACGGAAAGAGCAAAAAUUGAAAAUCGAUUGCUUUGUCGAUCGAUUUCUGGAUGUUUGCAAAGUCAAGGGCAUACUGUAAUUAUUGGAUCGGAUCAUCAAAUUGUCGCUAGAAUGAUGUAUACGCUUGCAUUUUUUGUACCUUUGAAUCUUCAAUGGUGUUGUUUACGCCCGUAUCGACAUAAAUAUAAUCCAUAUUUACGAAUUCAAGCUGUUCGACGAGCUGAAUUGCCAUCAAUUAUAUUGAGUGGUACUUCGAGUCCUUGGCCGAUUUGUAUUAUUGAUUUGGAUAGAUCGGCUGUGUGUUUUUCGGCGAAUUAUCAGAGACAUCGGAUUUUGCGGGCGAGAAAUGAUUCGAGAGGUGUGAGAGUGAUUUUGGAGCAUGCUGGAGUUAUGUCGUCGGCGAGGAAUGAGAAAGCACCGCAGUUGUGAGUUGGGGAGUUCGAAAAUUUAAAUUCGGAAAACUUUGAAGUAUCAGAAUAACACCUUGGCCGAAAUCGUGGUUUCCAAAAUAAAAAAAUUGUACGCUAAAUUUUUACAGUACGGAACUGUGAAUUUUUCAGUUUUUGACCUCGAAAAACUAAAAUUCGGAUUUUUUUCAAAAUUGUACUUUGGCCAGGAAUUCGAAAAUACACCGAAAUAAUUUUUCAAUUUUUUCUGAAAAUCAUUUUUCAAUUUUUAUUCUGAAAUUUUGGAUUUUUUCGGAGAAUGCCAGAAAAAAAUCAUGAAAAUUUCCCAAAAAAAAAUUAAUUUUUUCGGAAAAUAAAAAAGUCAGGAAAUUUUCCGAAAGCAUUUUUUUCAGAGAGACAAAAAUUAAUUUCAAAAGUUAAAAAUUGGAAAACUUUUUGUUCUCAGAAUUCAGAAAUUCAGCUCAAAAAUAUAUUUUCCAUCUGAAAAUCAUUAAAAAGUCGAAUUUCAAGUGUUAUUCUGAAAUUUUGAAUUUUUUCGGAAAUUAACAAAAAAAAGUCAGGAAAAUUUGCCAAAAGAAUUUUUUCCAGAGGGACAAAAAUUUAGUUCAAAAAUAAAAAAUCGGAAAACUUUUUCAGCUCAAAAAUAUUUUUUUAUAGCUGAAAAUCAUCAAACAUUUUGAAUUUCAAGUUUUAUUCUGAAAUGUUUAAUUUUUUCGGAGAAUUCCAGAAAAAAUCAUGAAAAUUUUCCAAAAAUUAGCAUUUUUCCAGAGGGACAAAAAUUUAGUUCAAAAAUUAAAAAUCGGAAAAAUUUUUAAUCUCAGAAUACUGAAAUUCAGCUCAAAAAUAUUUUUUUCCAUCUGAAAAUCAUUAAAAAUGUCGAAUUUCAAGUUUUAUUCUGAAAUUUUUGGAUUUUUCGGAAAAUAAAAAAGUCAGGAAAUUUUCCAAAAGCAUUUUUUCCAGAGGGACAAAAAUUUAGUUCAAAAAUUAAAAAUCAGAAAACUUUUUAGUCUCAGAAUUCUGGAAUUCAGCUCAAAAAUAUUUUUUCCAGCUGAAAAUUAUUAAAAAAUGUUGAAUUUCAAGUUUUAUUCUGAAAUUUUGGAUUUUUCGGAAAACAAAAAAGUCAGGAAAAUUUCCAAAAGCAUUUUUUUCCACAGGGACAAAAAUUUAGUUCAAAAAUUAAAAAUCGGAAAACUUUUUAGUCUCAGAAUUCUGAAAUUCAGCUCAAAAAUAUUUUUUCCAGCUGAAAAUUAUUAAAAAAUGUUGAAUUUCAAGUUUUAUUCUGAAAUUUUGGAUUUUUUUUAAAAAUGAAAACAAACAUUUUAAUUUUUUCGGAGAAUGCCAGAAAUAAUCAUGAAAAUUUCCCAAAAAUUAGCAUUUUUCCAGAGGGACAAAAGUUCGGUUCAAAAAUUUUUCCAAAAUAUUGAAAUCAUCAAAAAUUUUGAAUUUUUCCCGGAAAAUCUCCCAAAAAUGCAUUUUUUUCCAGAGAACUGUCAAAUUGUCGAUCUAUGGAAUGUGUAAAUACAUUUGUAAAAAGAAUGGAUCUUUUACCAAUGGAAGAAUCUGUCAGAGCCACGUUUUGCUCGCAAUUAAUGCUUUAUAUUGACAAUUUGGCGAUUGCUUUUAUAGCUUUUGUUCGGGAUUCGAGGUAUGUAUUUUCAUAGCUCAUUUCUGAUUCCUCUGAUUAUCCUGUAACAUUAUUGUAUUUUUCUAGCCGCCCUGGAAAAGAUGAAAAAGAAUGUGGAACUCGAUCACGUCAUUUCAACUUAGCCGAAUGUCGAAAAUCAUUGGACCUUACUCAAGAUGCAAUUUUUAAUGCGGUUUUGGCGCGCGCCGAAUUACUCCAACCCGAUAUUUCGGAAUUUAUAUACAUGUGA